CGGCCCGUUUUGACCCCACAUGUUCGAAUAUCUCUAGGGCCCUCUCCACUGCAAGCAUUCGAAACCCUUCGCCAUGAGUUCUUCAUCUCUCAAGUCUCUUUACUCUCUUCCCCCUACUGAAACCCUAGAUCUCUGCAAUGCCCUCUCUCUCAUCCCAAGGAUCAAGCUCCUCCUCACCUUCUAUCGCUCUGACCCCUCAGUAAAACCCAUUGACGAAUGGCAACUCAAACUCUCUCUCCUUUCUUUCCUCAAGACCUCCAUGUCCAUCACUGUACCAGAAGAGGACCUUCACUUAGAGAAAUGCAAGGACCUUAAGAAGAGAAAGAGGGAUGAUCCUGUGGCUUCUGCAACUCUCUAUAUAUAUGAUCUCUCUCCUUUUAAGAAGCUAUUGGCUACCGAUAAUGAGGGUUCGGCGAAGAAGUAUAACGAGUGGAAGAGUGAGGUUUCUUAUAAACUUGAUGGCAUUGAAUUGAAUUUGGAAGGUGUGAAGUUUAGGAUGAGUGUUUCAGUGCCUGUAUCCGAUCAUUUUGAGAGAAUGAAGAAGGAGUGGGAGGAGUUUUAUAGAAAUGAAAACAGAGGUUAUUAUUCACGUAGCAUGAGACAGCAACCAGAUACACUCAUUUUGGAAGGUGUCCCUUCUCGUUGGUUUGCAGAACCAAGAGUAUCGUCCAAAGCUUCGAUGCUUGUCACCCACACAAUAUUUUCAGUGUUAGGAAAAAUCAGGAAUCUUAACAUUGUGGGCAACGAUGAUCUAGGUAAGAUCAUGGAGCAGGGCAGUGGGCAACUUGUUUCUGGUCUUCAAUGUAAAAUAUGGGUUCAAUUUGAGAAUAGUGGGGACUUCUGCAAUGCAAUGAAGAUUUUAUGUGGCCAUUCAAUGCAAAAGCAGCAAGGAUCACGCCUCAAGGCAAAUUAUGAAGUGACAUGGGAUAGAGAUGGAUUUUUUCGGAACAUGCCCAAAAGAACUCCACAAUAUCGGGAGGAAGAAAGUAGCGGCCGAAGGCCAGUGGCUGUUAGAGACUUUAAGACUGAAGUCCCUCGACUGCAGUCUCAAAUCAUACGAUCUGGACCAGAUGAUGUAAACAAAAGUGCAGCACCAAGAAGGUUUAAGGACUGAAGAUUCUUUUGAAGAUUUAAAUAGAAAAGAUUAAAGGAUUACCUUAAGACCUGCUGACCGGACUGUAAAAUUUUGUCAAUGAUGCGAAGGUAAGAGAAGGUUGCUUCAAUGAACAAAUGUACAUGACCAGAUCGUAUAAUAUAUGAUGGAGAUUUUUGAGUAGUGCUUC